GCCAGCGCUCAGGAAGGCGAAUUCGUCCUACCAUUAAAAACCUGAAAACGUUGGACCACACAAGUUCUUACUGAUUUCAGGGAAGAACAACCAUUGAAGAUGUCCAGCAAAACAGCAAGCACCAACAACAUAGCCCAGGCGAGGAGAACCGUGCAGCAGCUGAGACUAGAAGCUUCCAUUGAAAGGAUAAAGGUCUCAAAGGCCUCUGCAGACCUCAUGUCCUACUGUGAGGAGCACGCCAGGAGUGACCCUUUGCUGACAGGCAUACCGACUUCAGAAAACCCUUUCAAGGAUAAGAAAACCUGCAUCAUCUUAUAGUGGAAGAAUGGAACCGUUCCUCGCCUCUUCCCAACAAAGCAAAUCCUGAGCGGCUCCUUGAAGAGAUUUGCCUCCAGCUUAUUUGGUAACCACUGCUAAUAACUAAAAUGCUCUUCUCUUGGAAUAAUGGACUCUAAAGUCUUUAUUUUCCAAGUUGCCCUUUCUUUAAAAUACCCUUUACUGAUUUAAUACAGAAUAACAAUCUUUGUUUUCCAUUUGAUAACUAUGGUAUUACUUUGGGUUAUUGUUUAAGGAGAGUUGGCCUGGGCCUUCUUAAAAACACAAUUAUAUAUUUCAUGUAUUCAGUUGAUUCAGAUAUGUUAAGACUUAAAAUGCCUAAGCACCUGUCAAAUUAAAAUGCCAAGAAUAACUUCAGUCCUGAAACCUUUAUAUCAUAUUCUGCUCUUAAUAAGGUUUGUGCCAACCUGUAUAGUGUACAAGGGAAAGGGGUGUAUUUUGUAUAUGUAUGUCUUCGUAUGUACACAUAUCAAAGCUUACUUCCUCAUCAAAGCUCCCCUCUCCAUGUAACAGCAGUUCCUCAACUCCAGAAGUUGUAUUUAUCUUGAGCUGUGUAGGUAGAAUAAAAAUUCUUUUCAUAUAGUUAUUGUGCAAAAAAUAAAGAAAAAGCAUYCUAAAGAUUGUAUUCAUUGUGAUCAGGUGAUAUGUCAUCUCUCCUCUCUUGAAACUUGCUGAACCUCUUAGGUGAUGAUGAACCAUGCCAAUUAAAAACUGAAAC